CAAAGCUAUCAUGCCAUAUCUGCUUGAGAAGUACGGAAAGAACGAGUCGCUCUACCCAAAGGACAUCAAGCAGAGGGCAAUAAUCGACAGGGCCUUGAUGUUCAAUGCCAUCACAUUUACACCUAAGGUUUACGGAGUGUUGCUACCAAGACUGGCUAAAAACGAGGUUUCUGAGGAGGCAGAGAAGGAGUUUAAAGAAAAAGCAAUGGACAAACUCAAUCGGGACCUGGAAGGAAAACAGUUCAUCGCGGGAGACAACCUCACGAUCGCCGACUUUGCUUUCUGGGGGCUGAUCACUCUAUUAGGGCUCUUUGAUAUUGAUACAAGUCCUUGGAGUAACAUAUGCUCUUGGGCAGAGCGCAUGAAGGCGUUACCUUAUUAUGAAGAGUGCCAUAAAGAGCUCUUUGAAUUCUGGGAAGAAAUGAAAAAGGUGGAAUCUUAAAUGACUUGACACAAAGAACUAGCAAAGUACAUGUACCACGAGAGUGACGAUGGAGCAUGAACAAGGAACAACUGAAAGAACCAUUUUGUUAUAUUUAAAAAGGACUAAAAAUUACUCUUUUCAAGAGGAAAGUGUGCUUCCUUCAAGAUCUGCAUCGUCCUGUAAACAUGUUAUCUGUGAUCAGACUGAUAUCUUAUAUGCGAUGCUAAACCUUAAAAAGACUCAUUUUGUAUUCUCGAGGAUAUAUUCUUUAAUAUA